GAUUUUCUCGCUUUUUGGAACAUGUACAAGAUGGCGCACCAGCGGGACCAGUCGAACAUUGCUGCUGCUCACCGUAUAUAUUAGGCCGAUUGCAACCUGACAUCACAGUAAUUGUUUUCACUGAUCGGAGUGUUGAUCUCUAUUGCCUGCACUGUUUCUGUCAUAUAGACUCCCAUGAUCAGCUAGCUGUGCGUUAUUUUCACCAAGAUGAAGACAUUAUGGAAGUUUGUCAUUGCUCUGCUAUUUUUCUGGUUUGUCAUACUUCUCUAUCUUGGCGGUGCAAUCGGACCUAAUACGGAAAUUAAACUAUCCAGCAGGGAUUUAAACAAAAUGAUCAGUGAAAUCGAACUCAUGAAAGACCAAAAUGAAAAACUUCGAAAACAGGCAAAUGAACUUAGGGAGAUUGCCUUAUUACGAGGGGAUUCAGAAAUGAGUAAAGAUGAAACAGUCAAGUUUAUGCAACAACAGUUGGAGAGUGCACAAAAUCAAAUUGCUGAUUUAUCUCAAGCUGUUGGUAAAAACACAAAAAGUGACGUUUCACUUCACAGCGGACCUUCUCCUGAUCAUGAGAAACUUAGAAGAAGAAUUGAUAAUGGUGUCACCGAGAUUUGGUACUACAUUAAAUCAAAGCUGAACAAAAUCAAAAAGACUUCUGAUAAAGAUCAGAUCGAUGAGCAAAUAGAUGAAAUUUUAGUCGAUGGAGGUGAUCAGCAAAGGUCUAUCCUGACAGAUAUCUACCUUCUUGGUGUAUCCGGGGGGAUUGAUAUGUGGCGAGAAAAUGAAGCCAAAGAAUUGGAACAGACAGUGCAAAAAAGAUUAAAGUAUUUACAGAAUCCAAAAGACUGCAGUAAAGCUAAAAAAUUGGUGUGUAAUUUGAAUAAGGGAUGUGGGUAUGGAUGUCAGUUGCAUCAUGUCGUAUACUGUCUCAUUAUGGCGUACGGUUCGGAGAGGACGUUAAUCCUUGAAUCCAAAGGUUGGAGAUAUGCUAAAGAUGGAUGGGAGAAGUUCUUCCAACCAUUGAGUAACACUUGUGUCACUAUUACAGGAACAAGUAGAAAUGCUUGGACAGAAGAAUCUCGGAUAAAAGACGUGCAAGUUGUUGAUUUACCGAUAGUUGACGGUCUUCAUCCGAGACCCAACUAUUUGCCUCUUGCAAUACCCGAAGACCUUUCUGAGAGGCUAUUGCGUUUGCAUGGUCAGCCUGCAGUCUGGUGGAUAGCUCAGUUUAUAAAAUAUGUUACAAGGCCGCAGCCAGUUUUACAGUCGUUCUUGGACGAAACAAGAAAUAAAGUGAAAUUUGAAAAUCCAAUUGUUGGCGUACAUGUUCGUCGUACUGACAAAGUUGGUACGGAAGCCGCUUUCCACAACAUAGAUGAAUACAUGGUACAUGUGGAGGAGUAUUACAAGCGAUUAUCAAGAAUUCGUGAUGUGCCGAUCAAAAGAGUUUAUUUAGCAACAGACGAACCUAAGCUAUUAUCAGAAGCAAAGCAAAAGUUUCCUGACUACAUCUUUGUGAGUGACAAUGACAUUUCAAGGACAGCCGGUCUGGGUCAGAGGUACUCUGAAGAGUCUCUGAAAGGAGUUAUUGCCGACAUCCACUUACUGUCUGAGUCUGAUUACCUGGUUUGCACAUUCUCAUCUCAGGUGUGUAGGGUAGCAUAUGAAAUUAUGCAAACACGAUUCCCAGAUGCCUCCACUUUUUUCCAUUCGCUGGACGAUGUCUACUACUUUGGUGGCCAGAAUGCCCAUGACGAAAAAGUUCUGUAUACUCACAUACCACGUAAUGGGGCGGAAAUCCCACUAGAAUUGGAUGAUGCAAUUGGCAUUGCUGGCAAUCACUGGGAUGGUUACUCUAAAGGUCAUAAUCGACGAAUCAAUAAAUCUGGCCUUUAUCCGUCAUAUAAAACAGAAGACAAACCAAACAUAGCGAAAAUGCCAACGUACCCUGAAGCCGACAAAGUUGAACUUUGACACUAAGUGCAAUCUGUAGUGCUAGCAUUGUAUAGUGUUUUGAAUCACACCAUUGGUGCUAUACACUCCUAGUUUUUUUGUACAUAAAAAUUUAGCUAUUCUAUGAAAAACUUAUUUUUAUACGCGAAACAAAUUUUCAGGGAAUCUAUGUCAUUUUAUUCACCAAUAAUUCUGUAAGAAUUGAAUAUGUAUCCGCACAAAUGAGUUAUGGUUUGCCAUCUCAUUUUUUAAAUUCUAUUUUACUAACAUCGUCGUUAUUUUAAUCAUAUUUGAUUGAGUUUAUUGUAUCAUUUUGAUAUUCCUCUCACUGAUCAAUAUGGUUUUGGCUUGUCAAAGAUUUUUCACACUUGUGUGUACUUAGUAAGUUAAUUUCUGUUUCUGUCCAUAUUUGCAACACUUGUACAAACAGUAUCUGUGCAUUAUCAGUUCUAAAAUUAUUUAGCCAAAUGUUAAAUUAUUGUUUCAAUGGCAUUUAUUCAAAUUGCACAUGUGAUAAUACAUGUAUGUAUGUGACUGUUUCCUAUAGUUGUGAGAAUACGGUGCUGUUUGAAUUGACAUAAAGCCAUUACCGGUAGUUUCUAUUUCUAGUACAUGUAAAAAUCACCUGUCACAAUGAAUAGCUAGUUAGAUUACCAUGGGACAGCUGGAAUAUCUUCUGUGGCAAUCAUAUAGUAUAGGUCAUUGCUGUCAUACUUAUAUAUAUACCACGUCCAUGGGCAAAAAUUGAAUAAACACACAAGUCAUACCCACCUGAUUCGCAAUGAAUCCAACAAGGAUACCCGUCUUGAUCUGUUAAUAUCGAAUGAUUGUUUUCUACUUAACUAGAAUAGCCUGUUUUUAUCUGCUAAUGUGUUACCAUGUAUAUCUGUAGAUGUGUCAUCAUUUGAAUCUACUUCAAUGAACAAAGAUGUAAAAUGUUGUUUAUCAUAUCAGCUAGAAUUUCCUUUGCGAAUCAC